CAGAGGUAACCACUAUUUUGAUCUCCAUCACCAUAGAUGAGUGGAAUCCACUGCGAGCUGUGCCUGGCUCUUCUCAUUCAACAGUGUGUCUGUGAAAUUCAUCAAUCCACAUGGCUACCGUCACCACAAGAAGCAUGUCAGGCCCAAGUACCCCCUGCCCCCUCUGAACCCCAAGCACAGGCACGAGAGGGUGAGGAUGGCCGACUGCAGGGCCCAGGCUUGGAGGACCCUGGAACCGACUCCUGGUGCAUGUGCCACAACCGACCUUUACAGCUGCAGUUCCCUCUGCCUGGAAUGCUGUUCCCCCAAGACCCCAGGUGGCUCCUUCUCCAUCUUGCUCCGAAGUCUUCUCCUGAGCGGUGAGGCAGAUUUCCUGAUGAGCACGGCUCCCUUCUCGGAAGCACCUUGUCUGUCUCCUGUACUAGAACGCCAGCUCCACAACGGCAAGGCGGUUGUUGAUCUUAUUUCUCUCUGUCCCCUCCUAUCUGACACUGUGCCUGGCGCAUGGUGGAUGCUCCCAGGAGGUUUCUGGAAUGAGCAGAUGUCUGGGGCCCUGCUUCCCUUGCCAAGUCCCACCUGGGGCUUCCCCGGCCACCUAGGGUCCUCAGGUACAGUCAUCAAUGCAGGGGACUAUCCUGUGGCGCACAGCAGCAGACCCUGUAGCCCAGAUUCACACAGCAAGCGGAUGAGGCAUAGCCGAAAAACGUGCGCAUGGUGGCCUCAGUCCACACUGGGUGGACCCAGCCCUGGACAGGCAUGUGGCUCCACCCAUUACUGGGCAGGCAGCCCUGCCUCCUGAGUGCACCUGCCACGCCCGGGGCUUAUGUCAGCUGGGGGGACUGGGGCAGCCUCUCUGAAGAAUGCAGCUCAUUGUCAGCGAUGGGGCAGGAUUUCUUCACCAUGGCCACACCCAGAGGCAAGUCUGUCCAGGCGGACAAGGGCAGCUGAGUGAGGCGCCCAAGGAAGGCAGACUCCCUCUGCCCUGUGAUGGUCCAGCAGCUCCAGGAAAAAGGACCAGAGUACCCGUUACCACCUGACUUUGCAACCACACACGUGUGACUUUUAUAAUGAGAGAAAAAAAAAAACACAUGUUAUAAAAACAACUUCUGUAUGACUUGCCCAAUGUCAGAAUUGUUCUAAGCAUGGGCUCUUUUUUUCUUUAAUUUAAAAAAAUGUUUGAGAUAAGAUCUUGCU